GUAUCAGAUCUACAGGAGUUGCCAGGAUUAUCGAUUCACGUUGGUUUACCAUUUUACCUCUUUUGCCACCUUAACCAAUAAUAAGUACUUUCGGUCCGUCCUUUUUCGUUUUUGCAGCACGUACUUCAGCACAGUCGGCUCCAUCAGCAACACCAGCAGCUCCUGCACAGUCAACAUCAUGUCGGCAACAUCGAACGAUCGGGCUCUUCACGACGAAGUCAGCACAUUAAAUUUCCCCAAUUUAUACCGUUCGUGGCCCUCAUAUCGUUCAAGUUGGGCGCCUGGCGCCUUACUGCCCUUAAUUUUCUACUUUUGUCACGACCUGUACCACACGCAAAGCCCAUAAAUUC